AUGCCCUCUCACUCUAAUUUACAUAACAACUCCGCUAAUGCUAGUAUAAGCAGCAGUGAGUUUCGUAAUCUUGCGAUCCAUAAUGAUGCUGAGGAGGCUGUAUGGUUAGGGUGGAAUAAUCAAUAUGAGGAAGCACAGAGAAUUCUUUCCAGGAAGAAAGAUACCCAUCCGCGGUGCGCACUAGAGUGGGCUAACAUCAUGCUUGUGAAAAGCCUCAUGACAUCCACAAACGAGGACCGCGUUGUUCUUCUCGAACUAUUUAAGGCAGCGGAUCACCUGGCGACGUCUAUGAAAUACAGUGAGCCGCUACCUAGCGAUGACGAUAGUGAGGAUGGGGGACCAGCUUCCGGGCAGCCAAGUCACUCUAAGGUAAACAGUAAAAUCAGCUAUGCCAAACAGAAAAAGCUGUAUCAUGCCAAAAAAAAAGAAGCGUUGCAUAAUGGGGAGACAUCCGCUAAUAUUUGGAAGUUAGAGUGCGAUGUUAUCUACGCUGAGGCCCUCUUGAUGAGGGGCAUAUGUCAGCUUAUGAUGAAUUCGUAUCUAAAAGGUGGGAUCAACCUUCGCAAAGCAUGGGGUUGUUAUCAUAGUCUUAUUCAUAAAAUGGAGGAGGACAAAGAGGGAAAGAUACCAAAGGAGUUGAGAAUGUGUAUAAAGUACGGUGCCGGUACAUUCUACUCAUUUCUUGCCCUCGUUCCAGCCAACCUUAUGAAGCUUCUAUCACUUAUUGGAUUUGUAUCUGAUAAAGACGUGGGUGAGCAAUACUUAACUGAAGUGUUCGAAAGUAAUACUAUUCGCUCUCCUUUCGCUGGGUUGGUUUUGUGUACGCUUUAUUUGUUUCUGCCUACUGGUCUAGGUGAUGUCGAGGCCACUUUGUCGCGAGCCAAUAAAAUUCUUGAAUCAAUGAACGUUCGCUGCCCGAAUAACACGUAUUUUUAUGGUUAUGCAAACUUUUACUAUAGGAAGAGGGGUGAUGUUGAUACUGCUAUGAGCUCUAUUAGCCUUGCAUUAAACAACUCAAUGAGUGUUGGGGUUACACCACUGCUCAUCAAGUACGUUUACGCCGAUACGCUCUUUAUGCAUCAGAAAUGGGAUGAAGCUCUGGAUCAGUACCUUGCUUUGCUUGACCAUAUACACAAGACGAAGGAGUCUUUCGCAUAUACUGGGCAGGUGGCUCUUUCUAUUGCCGCUUGCUACGUUAUGAUCGGGAAGCAUGAGGAUGGCAUGAGCUGGAUGCGGAAGGUUAAUGGUAUGCACAACCCUAAAUCGAAAAAUGAUGUGAACUCACCCAAGUUUGCCCUUCGUGUGAUAGCAAAUCCGCGGCUUCUUCCAUUUUCAGGCGUCUACAUGCUUUAUAUCAACCGUGAUUUGGCUCACAUGCAUAGGGAGCAGGGGGAGCGUGUACUUUCCGAGCUUAAACGUGUACUGGAAGGCAAAGAUAUCACUGGAGCAGAAGCCGAGAACAUGUAUAAUCUUUUUGUUGGUGUCAUUGAAAAGGGGUGCAAAAAUACAGAGGUCGCCCUAAAAUACUUUCAAAAAAUUUUUGAUGUUGAAAAGCAUAUUCCUAAGGAUUCUAUGAUUCUCCCUUUUACUUACUAUGAAGCAGCUGAAGUACGGUAUCGUAUGGGGGAUCUGAGUGAAGCCAAACACUUAUUUGAUAAAGGACACAAGAUCAAGGGAGACGGAAAUGAGACGUUGUCAAAUCGGUAUCGCAUCGCCAUGAAACAGUUAAAACACGCCAUGAGUGGUUAG